ACUGCUGAAGUAUUUUAAUGAACAUCUGCAGAUAUUGAAUGGCAUAACAGCAGAAGGAAACUUCAGAUAAGAUCAGUACGCUGUAGGAUUGUUGGUGCAACCAGGUCCCUGUGUCAGCCCUCUCUGCAAAUAAUACUGUAUCAUGGCCACCGCCUUUCUGCCGCCUGAGGACCAGUUCCUCUGCUCCAUUUGCCUGAAGGUGUUCACUGAUCCUGUCACGUUACCCUGUGGACACAACUUCUGCAGGAAGUGCAUUGAUCAGAUCUGGCCCAUUAAUGCCAAGUGCAGGUGUCCUUCUUGUAAAAAAAUCUUUUUCUUCAGACCAGAGUUGAAGGUUAACACUUUUAUAGCUAAGAUGACUGCUCAUUUUCAACGAUCUCAAUACAAUUGCACCUGGAGGUCAGGGAAAGCUAACGCUGCUAAGGAACAGGCAUCAGAAAAAGAGGCAGCUAAGGAACAGGCGUCAGAGAAAGAGGCUGCUAAACCGGGAGAAGUAUCCUGUGACAUGUGCUCUCAGCCCAAACGCAGAGCGCUCAAGUCCUGCUUGGUGUGUCUGUGCUCGUACUGCGAGUCUCACCUGGAGCCUCACCUGAAGAUGGGGGCUCUGAGCAGGCACGAGCUCACAGAGCCUCAGGAAAACCUGGAGGACAGAGUAUGUGCGGUGCACAACAAACCUCUGGAACUGUUCUGUAACAGCGAACGCAUGUGUGUGUGUGUGCUGUGUGUGUACUCAGAGCACAAGGAUCAUGAGGUCAUCUCCCUGAAAGAGGCAUCUAAGCAGCAGAAGAUACUAAUGCAGAAGGCUGAGGGCCACAUGCAGGAGGACAUCAACAGGGGACUGAAAAAGAUCGCUGAGCUGCGUGGCUCUGUGGGGACCAGUCAUGCUGCUGCGGACAGAGAAAUAUCUGAGGGAGUCAAAGUGUUCACAGUUCUGAAGGAGAGUUUGGAGAGAGGUCAGGAGCUCCUCAUCUCUGAGAUCACCAAGAAGAAAACAGACACAGAGGAGCAGGCAGAAGGUCUCAUUCAGGAGAUAGAGCAGGAGAUUAGUGAGCUGGAGAACAGAAGAGCUGAGCUGCAGAAGCUCUCUCAGACUGAAGACCCCCUCUCUCUGCUCCAGACCUCCUCACAGCCGCCCCUGACACCAACCAGAGACUGGACAAGUGUCACUGUCUGUGCCCCGACAUAUGGGGGCGCUAUGGCCAGAGCGCUGAGUCAGCUGGAGCAGGACUUCAGUGAGAAGACCAGGGGGCUGUUUCAGGCAGAGCUGAAAAGAGUCAAAACAAAGAAAGUAGAUAUCACCAUGGAUACAGAGUCAGCUCAAACCAGAGUCCAACAAACAGAAAAUCAGAUAAAUCUUCCAGACAGCCCCAUGACUGUGAGUCUCUCUGACAGUUUUUACUUUGAGGCUCAGGUCAAAGGGAAGACUGAAUGGACUUUAGGUGUGGCUGAAGAGUCCGUCAUCGGGGAAGGGUCCCUAACACUGAAUCCACAAAAUGGCUUCUGGACCAUAGGUUUAAAAGAUGGAGCUUAUUAUGUUUCUGACAACCCUGAGAUCUCUGUCUUUACAAAGUGCAGGCCUGAGAAAGUGGGUGUGUUCGUUGAUUCUAAAGAGGGAGUUGUCUCUUUUUACAACAUAGAUUCUGCAGCUAUGCUCUACUCCUUCACCGGUGUCACCUUUAAGGAGAGCCUGUGCCCUUUCUUCCAUCCAGGUCAUUUGUGGGAUAGUUCUUCUCCAGUGGUCUGUGGAACGACUGAAGACUCUAAAGGUGUUUUAUUAGUUGACCUUGUGGACAAGCUACAGCAGCGCUUUUAUACUGAACUGGACAGAGAGCACAUGGACUUAGAUUCAAAAAAACAUUAUCUUUUUGAAGGGAUCUUAACGGAGUUUAGAAAGAUUAUGAUGGAAACUGAUUUGAGAUAUUGAUUAGGGCUGCAGGCCUUUUAGUCAUUUAAUUGCAGAAGGUGUCUUAGACAACCAACAUUUUUAUUAGUUGACUACUUAUUUCAUUAGGGUUAUAGGGAUUUAUUUGGACCAAAGCAGAAAACAGAAUGCAUGAAGUUAGCUGUAGUUUUGGGAAAGAGUUUAUUCUGCCUUUUCACUUAUAAAGAUCCGCUUUUACUGGUACUUCUCUGUAUAGAUAGUAGUUUUUGUGCAAGAUACUAAUUUUGUGAGCAGCUAUUGUGGAAGAAAAUGGAUGAAUCAGCAUUGUUUAACAGCAGCUAAAGAUAACACAUUUUGAAAUACUUAUGGCAUAUAACGUUACAACAAUUGUAUGAUGUAAUAACCUAAUAUCAUAAUCGAAAUGACCAGUUUUGUGUAUUUGGCUUGGUCAACCUCUACAUAUAAUAAAAACACAUUUAAGAG